AUUAAUUGGCCAUGUUCGGUUAAUUUGAUUGUACUUUGUGGAAUGCGUAUACAUCAGAUAAAUUAAAACAAAGUAUGUAAUAUAAGAACCAAUAGCCCACUCAUAUCUCGUCGACACAACACAGACCUCAACUCAAGUGCGGUUAAAUCAUUCUCAUUUGUUUGUUAACUUAUGCCGAAUGUUGACCGCUUUUUCGUGUGCCAUAAGUAUAGUUGUGUUUUAAACCAUCGCAUAUCGUUUCGUUAUAUAACGCGAUAAGUUAAACUUGCUGAUAACGUAUAACUUACAUAUUAUUCCUGGUUCACGCAGGUAAUCGAAAGGUUUGCGGUUGAUUACCUAUUUUUUUUUCACAAAGACUUUCGUGUUUUUCGUUUCGUGGUGUAUUGUUUCGGAAAAGUUGAAAAAAAAAAUGUCUCUAAUAGUUGAGGUGAAACAAGGUAAACUUAAAGGAAAACACAACACUUCGUCGUUGAGUGGUAAAAAAUAUUAUACUUUUUCGGGUAUACCUUAUGGUAAACCACCUGUCUGCGAUUUACGAUUUCGACCUCCAGAACCAGCUGAGAAAUGGGAAGGCAUAUUCGACGCAACUUACGAAAAAGAGAUCUGCAUGCAAAAGGAUGAAUUUUUAGGGGGUGAUAUUAACGGAUCCGAAGAUUGCCUUUUUCUCAAUAUAAAUACUCCGGAGGAUCCUAGCACUAUAAAAACCCCUAAAGCUGUCAUGGUUUUUAUUCACGGAGGUGCUUACUUUUUUGGAUCUGGUUCAGAGAGAUGGUAUUCGGCUGAUUAUUUGAUCGAACAAGAUGUCAUUGUGGUUACAUUGAAUUACAGACUACAUGCACUCGGAUUUCUAAACCUAGGCAUACCAGAAUGUCCUGGAAAUGCUGGCCUGAGAGAUCAAGCCCUGGCCUUGAAAUGGGUCAAAGAAAACAUAGCACAGUUCGGAGGAGAUGCCAAUAAUGUUACCCUGUUCGGUGAAAGUGCCGGAGCAUCUUCAGUUCAUUUCCUCAUGUUAUCUCCUCUCACCAAAGGAUUAUUCCACAAAGCGAUCGUACAAAGUGGUUCUGCAUUGGCACCCUGGGCAUUAUCAUACGAUUACGAAUCAAUAGCUCAAGAACUCGGCCAAAAACUCAAUUUUCCCGGAGGAAGUGUACACGAAUUACUAGAUUUCUUGAAAAAGCAGGAUGCCUCCGAAUUGACUCGAGCCAGUUACUUAAUGAGACUUGAACUCGUUGAUAGACAUCCAGGCAGAGCGAGUGCGGUUCCAUUUGCUCCUUCGGUGGAAACUCUCAAAGAUGGAGCCUUCCUUCCUGACAUACCAGAGAAGCUUUUAGAAAACGUCGAUCCAAUACCAAUCAUUUAUGGCGUCACUAACAAGGAAGGGAUCUUAUUUUGCAAACUGACCUCGACAGAUACGGUGGAUAAAUUAAAAACCGAUUUUUCUAUCAUUUUGAGAAAUAAUUUCAAAAUCCAUCCUGCCCUUGUAUCAGAUCUAGGUGAUAAAAUCAAGAAGUAUUAUUUCGGCGAUAAGGAAGUAGAUUUCGGUGAAGAAGUUUUUGAUCUUUACACGGAUUUGUUUUUCUAUCGAUUUUACGACAGUAUUGAAAAUCUUACGAAAUCAUCGACUCCUCCGUUCGUUUACGAGUUUUGUUACGAUGGUAAUUUAAACGUGUAUAAAAAAUUUAUCGCAGCUGGUGUUUAUCCUGAAGCUAAAGGAGCCUGCCACGCUGAUGAAAUUCCUUACAUUUUUUCACUGAAAGUACUCCCGAAUGCGCCACCUUUAGUUGGAGAUGACCUCAAAGUGAUCCAGAAUAUGACCUCUCUUUGGGCAAAUUUUGCCAAAAAUGGGAAUCCUAAACAAGAUUUAUGGAAACCUUCCACCUCCAGUGAACCUCGUUACUUAAGAAUUGAUCGCGAGUUGACCUUAGUUGAAGGAAAAGUCUAUGGGAAACGAUUGCAGUUUUUGAGAGAUUUAUUGGAUCCGGUGAUCCAGUCUCAUAGCAUAUUCUAAUCUUAUCGUGCUUAUUUUAGAUAUACUCAUCAAGCUUAAAAUAAACUAAAACAUUAUCUUUAAUGAG